UGUCUGCGUUACUCAUUCCUUUCAUUUAAGGCAGUGUAAUCUAUGUAUAACUGUCGAAAUGUCGUUAUUUGAAGGUUUGAGCUACAGCAGCGAUAAAAAUGUCAUUGUGAUAGACAUCGGAACAGCAUACACAAAAUGUGGCUUAGCUGGAGAAACUGGACCAAGGUGUAUUAUUCCAAGUGAAGUAAAAAAUGCCAAAUCAGGAAAGAUUGUCAAUUUGUCGGACUUUGAAAAAAAAUAUGAGCUGUUUGAGAACAUCAAAGAUUUUCUGUUUGUCCUGUUUUUUAGACAUUUGCUUCUGAGUCCGAAGAACAAGCGAGUGGUUAUUUGUGAGUCCCUUCUGUGUCCUGAUGUGUUCAGAGAGACAUUGGGCAAAGUUCUUUUCACUCACUAUGAGGUUGCCACGGUGAUGUUUGCCUCCAGUCAUGUCAUGUCACUAAUGACUCUUGGGUCCACAGUUGGACUUGUGAUGGACAUUGGCUACACAGAAACCCUGGUUGUUCCCGUAUAUGAAGGCAUUCCUGUGGUGAAAGCGAUUCAGUGUAUUCCACUAGCAGCCAAAGCUAUACAUGAAAAAAUAGAAAGUCUCCUAUUGGAUUCUGCAACAGUGAUGACAAAUACCAGAGAGGAAUGUCCUCUAUCUAGUCUACCAGAUUGUUUAAAUAACCAAAUUUUAGAAGAUAUAAAAGUUCGUUGUUGUUUUGUGACAAACCUGAAGAGAUCUAAAGCCAUCCAGGAAGUUGUAAUCCAUGGCGCAGAUGAGUCACUGUUGCCUACUCCUCCUCCCAGUGUUCAAUAUCCACUGGAUGGGGGCAAAGUCCUGAACAUAACUGGAAAAGUCAGAGAACAAAGCUGUGAAGUACUGUUUGAACAGGAUAACGAGGAACAGUCUGUGACUACCUCCAUUUUGGAUGCCAUCCUCAAGUGUCCAAUAGACAUGCGUUUGGAAUUGGCGAGUAAUAUUGUGAUCAUUGGCGGCACAUCAAUGCUGAAGGGUUUCCACCAUCGUGUUGGAUCAGAACUCUACGACCUGCUCAGGAAACCCAAGUACAAGGAACAGUUAUCCAUCCAGACAUUCAAAUUCCAUAAGCUGCCAGCUAAGGAAAACUAUGCUGCAUGGUUGGGGGGUGCUAUGAUGGGUUCGUUAGAGACUUUACCAAGCCGAUCAAUAACAAGGGACAGUUAUCAACUCUCUGGGAAGCUGUCAGACUGGUGUACCAUCACAGAGGAGGUGGUGUAAGGCUGAGGAAUAGAAUCUUAUACUUUUGUGAUCUUAGAACUGAUACUAUUGAUGUAAAGGAUUCAAGUCCCUUUGAGUCUGGGAUCAGUGUUCGUAGUGUUAUUAUAACAGUGCAAUAUUGUUGUUAUUAAGUGUACUUCAAGCUGCCUACUGUCAAUGUCUUCUAAAUGACUGUUCAUAUGAACACACCAGAAAGUUUCUGGUUGGUUCUACAUCCUGUGAGACCCUGGCUGCAUUUACUUAAUGUGAGACCUUGGUCAUAUAUACGUCCUGUGAGACCCUAGUUGUAUGUACUUCCUUGGAGAUCCUGGUUGUAUAUACUUCCUGUGAGACCCUGGUUGUAUAUACAUCCUGUGAGAUCCUGGUUGCAUCUACAUCCUGUGAGACCCUGGUUGAAUUUACUUAAUGUGAGACCUUGGUCGUAUAUAUACUUCCUGUGAGACCCUAGUUGUAUAUACUUUCUGUGAGACCCUGGUUGUAUAUACUUCCUGUGAGACCCUGGUUUUAUAUACUUCCUGUGAGAUCCUGAUUGUAUAUACAUCCUGUGAGACCCUGGCUGCAUUUACUUAAUGUGAGACCUUGGUCAUAUAUACUUCCUGUGAGACCCUAGUUGUAUAUACUUCCUGUGAGAUCUUGGUUGUAUAUACUUUCUGUGAGAUCCUGGUUGUAUAUACGUCCUGUGAGCACCUGGUUGUAUAUACUUCCUGUGAGACCCUGGUUGUAUAUACUUCCUGUGAGACCCUGGUUGUAUAUACUUCCUGUGAGAUCCUGGUUGUAUAUACUUCCUGUGAGAUCCUGGUUGUAUAUACUUCCUGUGAGAUCUUGGUUGUAUAUACGUCCUGUGAGGUCCUGGUUGUAUAU